CAUUCGAACCGAUCUCAGUCAUCCUUGUUAUUUACUUCAAAGGGAAGACUAGUCAAAUGACUUAUACACCUUAAAACACAUUUGCCGACCACAUUAUGAAAAUUCCACAGUGAAUCACAAUUUUUUUUUUUUAUUUUAACUGAAGACUAAAUUUGUUCAGUGUAUACUAUACGACACCUUUGCAACCCAAUCGAUAUAAGAUUUCAUUAGAUCGGCAUGUUGCUGGUGAAGAAGACGCUUUUCCGAGCUCCGGCCGCGAUGAGAAGUGGUUUGACUUCGAGGACUAACCAUAUUCGCGGCAUGGAGACGCUGUUCGAUCCGUACGAGGAUGGCAUGCCCAGGAUGCCCGGCCAGCGAACGGACCUUAAGAAGAAUGAGCCGAAGGACAGGACCAAGGUGCCGCUCAAGGACAUCUGCUGGAUAGCAAUGCGGCGCUCCGAGUUCAAGUGUCGCUCCGACCCCGAGUUCAACGUGCCCGCCUUCAUAGACGCUCAGAACAAAUGCAUUGGCGAUCCCUGCGCGACCUCCUAUCCGCCGACGGACCUCACGCUCUACAAGCCCUCCGACAAGCUGGCCCGCCGGUACCAGCGGACCUGGUGCGAGUGCGAGCUGAAGGAGCGGAAGAGGAAGGCCGUCUGCCGCUGCCGUCCGGUGAACUUCCUGCGACGAGCCCGCCGCACGCCACCGCUCAAGGCGUCCAAGGUGUGCCCCGAUGGCAGCGAGAGCCUGGGGCUGGGGCAGUGUCGCCCGAAGAAGGAGGAGGGCUCCUGCCCCAGGUUCAAGCUGCCCUUCUGCAAGGAGGCCAGCUCGGUCGGCUGCCGUCCAGGACGACCCCACUCCGGCUGCAUUCGACGCCGGACGAAAUACCCCAGCUACUCGGAGUGCAAGGUCGACCCGCUGCCCGACCUGCCGCCCAGCCAUUGCUUCUGCAUCAACCAGCCGCCCAUGUGCGUGGUGUGGAACUACUACCGCAUGAAGAAGUCUUAGUUGCCCGCAGUAACCUUUUGCCAAUCCCCAGAUUCGAAUAAACUACAUUAGAGGAUACAUAA